UGAAACACCACUUAAUGCAGUCCGAAUCUCCUAGAUAAGCCCCCUUCAAGUAUGGCGAAGAAUACUCAUGCAGCUCUUUGGUGGGUUUAGGGAUUCCUAGUAGUGGAUAGAGUCCGGAUCACGUGAUUCAUUUUUUUUUCCGCAUCGCAAGAUGAGAUGCACACUAUUGAAAAAUUCGUGAAUAGUACUGAUCAAUACCUAAAUAGCAUCUACUAAAGAACAUUCAAAAUGCCUAGAUCUAGACGUUCCAAGCUCGUGACCUUGGCCCAAACUGACAAGAAGGGAAAGGAAAACAAGACUCGUAUCUUUGACGAGGUAAGAGCUGCCUUAGAUGAGUUUCAAUAUGUCUGGGUUUUACAGCUCGAUGAUGUCCGUACUCCAGUUUUGCAAGAUAUUAGAACCGAUUGGAAUGGUUCCAAGUUGAUCUUGGGUAAGAGAAGAGUUUUGGAAAAGGCUUUAGGUGACACUCCUGAAGAGGAGUACAAAGAUAACUUGCACAAGUUGUCCAAAACCUGUGCUGGUCUUCCUGGAUUGUUAUUUACCAACGAGCUGCCAGACACUGUUGAAGCUUAUUUCACUGCUUACACUAAGCAGGAUUACUCCAGAGCAAAGUCUAAGGCCCCAAUAGAUUUCACUAUCCCAGAAGGUAUUGUAUAUUCAAGAGGUGGUCAAAUCGCCAUUGAGGAAGAUGUUCCAAUGUCUCACUCCUUAGAGGAAACCAUGAGAAACAAGUACAAGAUUCCAACUAAGAUUAAAGCCGGUAAGAUUGUCCUCAGUGAACCUUACGUUGUUUGUCGCAAAGAUGAGACUUUGGACGUCAGACAAGCCUUGAUUUUGAAGCAAUUUGGUGUUGCUGCAUCAGAGUUCAAGGUAAAAGUAGUUGCAUACUAUGAUAAUGAAAGCUCUGAAAUCACAGAAUUGAAAAAAUAAAUUCACUUUUACUUCAAGGCCUAAAGUGAAUCCAGUCAGUGAGCCGUGAAGGGCAAGAAAGAAACGCAGUCUUGCAUAGAUGCCAACCUCUGGUAUUUGAGUGACCCUUCAUUUCACGGAACAUACCAAUAUUGAUAUUAGUACCUGGCCCGGUUCAUUUUGUAAAAUAGUGGUGACACUUGUGGAUCUUUCUUUUGCAUACAUGGAGCCUGAACAAUGCUUCUCUUAGUCUUUUCAAUUUAGUGAUUUGUGUACCAUAUUCGUCUUUAUAUAGAUUUUAAUGAACUUUUGCAAGUCGUAU